CACAAAGAGAUGAGGCACUUUCGAUCUGAGCACUAUACACAACAACAGUGAAACUUUUUAGUAAAGAAAACAUUAUAGCUGUUUUGCAUAUAGCUGUCGUCCACAAACAGCAAAAGUUCUGAAGUGUGCUUUUUUAAGACGCUGAAAAAUAUGUUUUGUUGCUCUACAGCGUGCCCGACACUGAGUUGAGCUAUCAUCCCGUACUGGGACUGGUAUCAGAGGUGUUGAUGUUGGUGUAUGAGUGUCCGUCCCCCUACGUUUGCUGCUCAAUGCACUGCCGCUUGUCCGAGCAGACACUUCAAAGACACAGGCGACGUACGACGGACGUGCUUCCUCCCUCACUUUGAACACUCCACUGUCGGACUCCUAAACGCGAACUUUUAAGUUAGAAUUGACCAUCCUCAUAAAACGGAAUCUAUUCGGUCUGAGUGGACAUUUGUUGCCGUUUUGUUUGGUUGUUAGAUCCUACCGGAGGCUGCGUGCUGCGCUGUCUGGAGGAACGGAGCCCAUGCGGACUGCUUGCCAUCUGACCCGCUCUUAUCAAUGAAGCAGGAGAGCAUGGCGGAGGGGCCCCGGUGUAAGAGGCGAAAACAAGCCAACCCAAGAAGAAAGAACGUGCUGAACUAUGAGAAUGUGUUGGAGGCCGGCUCUGAAUCGGACGAGGAGGACAGGCUGCUGGCGUCGGAGGGCGAGGGGAGUCCGGCGGGCGUGCCCAGCCUGGAGGCAUCGCCACGCGUGGGCCACGCCCUGCUGUCCUGCCGUGGCGACGAGGACAUCGACGCCAGAGAUGGCCCGGGCAACCAUGUCUGGCGCCAUGGCGACAUCAAUGGUACUGAGGAGAGGAAAGAAGAAUACAACCCUUUGAGUCCAGAGGUGUCUCUCCAUGGAGUUGGCAAUGGUUCAGUGAAGGGCGAUGGGCCCUCGGAGCUGGAGAGCUUCUUCGCGAAGCGGAAGCUGGAUGAGAGCGAGGGCCACGCGGCCAGCAUCGCCGAGUACCUGCAGCGCGGCGACACGGCCAUCAUUUACCCAGAAGCCCCGGAGGAGGUCACUCGUCUGGGCACUCCCGAGGCCAACGGGCAGGACGAGAACGAGAAUGACCUGACACCCCGGACGCCAGACGACUUUGCCCAGCUGCUGACCUGCCCUUACUGUGACCGCGGCUACAAGCGGCUGACGUCUCUCAAGGAGCACAUCAAGUAUCGCCACGAGAAGAACGAGGAGAGCUUCCCGUGCCCCCUGUGCAGCGAGACGUUCGCCUACCGCACACAGCUGGAGCGCCAUAUGGCCACCCACAAGCCAGCUCGAGACCAGCCCCAGAUACUGAACGAAGCAGCCACCAACCGAAAGUUCAAAUGCACUGAGUGUGGCAAGGCGUUCAAAUACAAGCAUCAUCUGAAGGAGCAUCUCCGAAUUCAUAGUGGCGAGAAGCCCUACGAAUGCUCCAACUGCAAGAAGCGCUUCUCCCACUCUGGAUCCUACAGCUCCCACAUCAGCAGCAAGAAGUGCAUCGGCCUGAUCGCCAUCAAUGGCCGCGUGCGCAACGGCGUGGGCACCAAGCCGGGCUCCUCGCCCAACUCCGCCGCCUCCUCGCCAGGCAGCCCCGCCUUGGCGCAGCUGCGCCACAAACUGGAGAACGGGCGACCCAUGAGCAUGUCGGACCCGUCCGGCCACGCCGACAUCAAAGCCGAGCCGAUGGACUUCAACGAGUACCGGCUCAUGAUGGCCACCCAGCAGGAGUUUGGAGGCCCGGGCGCCUUCGUCAACGGAAGCGGUCGAGGCGGGAGCCCCCUCGGAAUGCACGGAUCCGCCCAGAACCCCCUGCACCUCGGCAUGGGCCUGGAGUCCCAGCUCAUGAGCUACUCCAUGAUGGGAAACAACCUGAGCGAGGUGCAGAAGGUCCUCCAGAUUGUCGACAACACCGUCUGCCGGCAAAAGCUGGACGGCAACCCCGAGGACAUCUCCAAGCUGAGGGCUUAUAUGAAGGAGAUGGGGGCUCAGAUGGAGGAGCAGAAGCUGGCGCUGGCCUCCCCCCGAGCAGGAUUCCCCGGCGUCGGUCACAACAGCCCCACCAAAAGCAUUAUAGACUACACCUUGGAAAAGGUCAACGAGGCCAAAGCCUGCCUCCAGAGUCUCACGGAGGACUCUAAGCGGCGGGUGGUGGACAUCAAGAAGGAGAAACCCAACAACGGCACUGAGGACAAGGGCCAGGGGAGGGACGGACAGUAUGUGCCCUUCUCCUGCCAGUACUGCAAGGAGACCUUCCAAGGGCCCAUUCCCCUGCACCAACACGAGCGGUACCUGUGCAAGAUGAACGAGGAGAUCAAGGCCGCCCUGAAGCCAAACGAAAGUCUUACUCCGAGCCACCGGGGGCUGUUCAGCUCAGAGCAGCAGGCCAUGAUGAUUUCGUCGGCCCUGUCUGAGCGGGGAGCCACCAGCCCCAUCAACCUCUUCAAGGACCACGUGUCCGUGCUGAAAGCCUACUUCGCCAUGAACACGGAGCCGAACUCCGAGGAGCUGCUCAAGAUCUCCAUUGCCGUGGGGCUCCCUCAGGAGUUCGUCAAAGAGUGGUUCGCCCAGUGGAAGGCCCAAACGACAUCCAGGAAGAGGUCGCCUCCUCCAGAGCGAAGCAGCGUCGACAGCAACCACGGCUUGGCCCAGGAGUCAGCACUUGCCCGAUCCCCUAUUUCCCUCGCCCAGUCCUGGGAGACCAUUUCAGAGCACCAGAGGAACGGGGACUCUGGACACAGACACAGCAAACCCCACCAGUUUACAGGCAUGAGGCAGAUUGGAGAGAAACCACUCGACUCCAUGGACCACUUGAGAAGUGACACCUCUUCCCCUCUGAACCUCUCGUCGACAUCCUCGAAAAACUCACACAGUAGCUCUUACACUCCAAACAGUCUUGCCUCCGAAGACGCCCACGGCGAACCACUGGAUUUGUCUUUGCCAAAACACAUAAGGGACCUCAAGGCCGAACGAAAGCUCAAGCUGAAUGGCUUCGCCAUCGAGCGCCACAGCGCCGAACCCCUAAAACGCGAACAGGGCACCGAGCCUCUGGACUUGGCCCACAUCAAGAAGGAGUUCCACGGGUCCAACCACAACGUCAUGGGGAACAAUGAGAGCCAACAGGAGAAAAGCUCCAGCCCCAUCUUUGGAAUCAACCCUUUUGGUGGGGGGCACAUGUACACGUCGCUCCCGCCACACGGAGCGUUUCCACCACCAACCUUCAUGCCUCCAGCCCAGGCCAGCAUCCCAGGGCUGAGGCAUUAUCCAGGGCUGGACCCCAUGAGCUUCCUGCCACAUAUGGCUUACACUUACGCCGCUGGGGCAGCCACAUUCGCAGAAAUGCAGCAACGAAGGAAGUACCAGCGGAAGCCUGGCUUCCAGGGGGAGCUCCUGGACGGCACAGCAGACUAUCUGUCAGGCCUGGAGGACCUGACAGACAGCGACUCGCUGCUCUCACGGAAGAAGAUUAAGAAGACAGAAAGUGGUAUGUACGCGUGUGACUUGUGCGACAAAACAUUCCAGAAGACCAGUUCCCUCCUAAGACACAAAUAUGAGCACACAGGAAAGCGGCCCCACCAGUGCCAGAUCUGCAAGAAGGCGUUCAAACACAAGCACCACCUCAUCGAGCACUCGCGCCUGCACUCGGGCGAGAAGCCCUACCAGUGCGACAAGUGCGGCAAGCGCUUCUCCCACUCGGGCUCCUACUCGCAGCACAUGAACCACCGCUACUCCUACUGCAAGCGCGAGGCCGAGGAGCGCGAGGCGGCCGAGCGCGAGGUGCGGGACAAGAGCGCGCCCCUGGAGCCCACCGAACUGCUGAUGCGCAGGGCCUACCUGCAGGGGCUCGGGCCCCUGGGCUACUCCGACCCCGAGGACCAGGCGGAGGACGCGGCGGCGGUGGCGGCGGGCGGCCGGGGCGGGGGCACCAUUCUGAGGGACGGAUCGGAGGGAGGCGGGCUGGCCAGAGAGGCGGAGUCCGGGGCCUACAGGGAAGUGAUGGACAGGCGGCGGGAGGAGGGCUUUGUUGGCGAGGAGGGGAUGGAGGCCGAGGAGGAGGAGGAAAGGGAAGGGUUUGAGAGGAAGAGCCCGACGAAAGACGAGGGCAGAGCGAUCGGAGAGAUGACGGGUCCGGAAGAGAAGGACUCGCCGCGAGGGAAAACAGAGAGCAAGUCAGACCCGGAGGAAGAGAAGGAUGAGGAUGCUGAUUAA